AAAAAUCUGGAAAAAAAAAACUUCACUUGUCGUCCUCUCUAUCUUUUUCCCCAAAGCCCGAACCCUAACUAGGGUUUCCCUAUCUCGUUCCAAUCUCUCAAAUUCUCCGGCCAACGCGGCGCUGCCGCCCUGGAUUUCAAAUCCCAGGGGGUUGUGCUUCAUCAUGGCAACAGGAAAGCUUUUAGCUAUCUGCCAGAUGGGUGGAGAAUUUAUCAAUAAUAGUGAUGGAUCUGUGUCUUAUAAUGGUGGCGAUGCCCAUGCAAUUGAUAUUGAUCGUGAUAUGACAUUCCGUGAUCUAUUAUCGGAAAUAUCUGAUGUUUUUAGCUGCAAUGCCAGUAUCUAUACAAUCAAAUACUUCCUUCCAGGCAACCGUCGGACUCUCAUCACAAUAUCCAACGACAAAGAUAUACGCCGUAUGGUGGAUUUCCAUGGAGAUGCUAUUACAACAGAUGUUUAUCUUUUGAGAAAGAAUGAGAAUCCACCACCGGUUCCUAACAACAGGAGAACUAGGAGUAUGGUAGCAGCUGAUUCGGUUUCUAGAGAUCUAAUCACUGCCUCAGAAGGCACCUACGAAGAUACUAAGCGUCUGCGAAUAAGCAAUGAAUGGGACAGCAUGAUCACAGGCGUGGGCCAAGUAUUUGCCAACACAAGAGUUUUCCGAGAUGCACUCCACAAAUAUGCUAUCGCCAAGAGCUUCGCCUACAAAUUCAUCAAGAACGAUGGCCCCCGCAUCACCGUCCGUUGUACUGUGAAAGAGUGCCCAUGGCGCAUUUAUGCAUCCAAGUCUCCGGAUAAACAUGAGCUUACAAUCAAGAAAAUGAACGACGUGCACAAUUGUGGAAGAGAGAGUGGUAGAGAAAGGAAUCGGUUGGCAACUCAGAGUUGGAUUGCUAGUGUUAUAAAAGACAAGCUACGUGAAACUCCGAAUUAUAGACCAAGGGACAUUGCAAAAGAUCUUGAGGAGGAGUAUGGGCUGAGUUUGAGCUACCACCGAGCUUGGAGAGGGAAGUCUAUUGCAGAGAAAGAGCUUCAUGGUUCACAUGAAGAAGCAUCAAAUCAGUUACCAUGGUUUUGUGAGAAGAUAGUGGAGACAAACCCCGGAAGUGUGGCUGUAUUUGAAGAGACAGAGGAUUCAAAAUUGGGUCGCCUUUUUAUCUCCUUCCAAGCUUCAAUGAAUGGUUUUGAGCAUGGUUGUCGCCCUCUUCUUUUUCUUGAUGGCAUCUCUCUUAAAUCAGUGAGACAAUGGAAGCUAUUGACUGCUACAGGAGUUGAUGGUGAGAAUGAGGUUUUUCCUGUAGCAUUUGCUGUUGUUGAAAAUGAGACUGAGGAGAUUUGGCACUGGUUUUUGCUACAGCUGAAAUCAGCUUUGCCAAUGUCACGAACCGUGACAUUCGUAUCAAAAAGACAGAAUGACUUAGAGGAGACGAUAGCUCAAAUGUUCCCAGGAUCCUUUCACGGAUAUUGCAUAGACAGUCUCAUUGAGGAGUUCAAGGCUGAGUUAGAGGAUUCAUGGACCCAAGAAUUAAAAGACACAGCGGUCGAAGAUUUCGCCAGCGCUGUCUAUGCUUGCAAGGUUGACGAGUUCAAUGCUUGUGUUGAUAGAAUAAAGGCCGAAUCAAAAGAACUUGCUGAAUGGGUUUUGGGUUCUAAACCUGAGAACUGGUCAAAUGCAUUCUUUAAAGGAGUAAGGUACGGUAGAUACUCAUCUGAAGCUGCUGAAACAUUCAAUUCAUGGAUAUCAAUGAGGAAUGAGCCAUCAAUAGUACAAGCAGUUGAUAUUAUUAGAUGCAAGAUAAUGGAGAUGAUAUAUACUCGACGUGAAAACUCAAACACAUGGAUGGAGAUACUUACCCCCUCAUAUAAUCACAAAGUUCAAGAAGAGUCAAUUCGAGCAAGAGCCUUAGAAGUGAUUUGCUCGACCGAGAGUGUUUUUGAGGUUCGAGAUGAAGAUACAACCAAUGUGGUAAAUAUUGACACAUGGGAGUGCACUUGUAGGAGAUGGCAAGUUAUUGGAUUGCCAUGUAUGCAUGCUCUUGCUGUGGUUGAGAGAUCUGAAGGUUGUGCUUCUGAUUUUUGUGCUAAGUAUUUUAGUACGGUUUGUUAUCGGGCAGCUUAUGCUAUGUCCAUUAACCCAAUAGCAGAUCCGGUUAAUACUAUGGUUGCGUACCCGGUUCGUGCUCGUCGUGGGCCUGGACGACCUAAAUUGAAGCCAGCUGAGCCUCUGCUGAAGGCUAAGAGAGCUGUUAGAUGUAGCAAGUGCAGGGAAUAUGGGCAUUAUAAGCAAACUUGCAAAGCGCUUCUUUAGUGUUUUACAGGGUUUUGUUUGUUGAGUAGGAUGCUCUGUAAAUAACUUUGGUGUUGCAUGUUCUUGUAGUUUUUGCCUAUUUUCGCUGUAAGUUAACGGAGUUUCGACUUGUUUCUGGCAUUGAGCUAUUUGUUGACGUAAUUUUGGAACGGCGACUAUUUCGGAUGUUAUGCCAGUAAGUUAGGAUGUAGGUGGAAUGUAUGAUGUUGUCGCGAUUUAUUCGCAAGUGUAACAUUAACUGAUUUAUUUCUAGUUUGCUUCUAUUCAAUAAAAACAUUUUAGACUUGCAGUGUUUUUGCACA